GUCGAAGCAAAUCAAUAUAAGUUUCAUGAUGAAGUUUAUGUUGAAACUGUAUAGAUAAAAGAAUCUGUUCUGACUAUUUCGCGGAAUAAAUGUGAUAGAAGCAGUUAAUUCCCGGAAUUCUUACGAACACUUUAUUUCGUGAUGGACUUUAAUUCGAAUCAGUUUUACAAGUCAUGCGAUAUGCUAUCUGGCAAAAGACUGUUUUUCGAUUGAAGGAAGUAAGUUUAUCAGUUUAUUUAUUUCGUUAUGUAUACUGCCUUCUAUUUUUGUCCGAAAAAUAACGAUGUCCAACUGUAUAAAAGAGCUGUUGCAAAAGUGAGAAAAGUUAUAAGGAGAUCACUCCAGGAACGAGCAAUUAGCUUUUUCCAGUCGUCUUGUGAUUUUCGAAUACGUUUGAAGAGAUAUAAGGAUUUACGAAACAAAAGAUUCUGUGAUCAGUUCGGCAUAAAGUUCGUGUUUGUCACAUAAAAUGGCAUUGAGAUUAAAAAACCGCAACUCCACCUCUUCGAUUUGUUUGUUAUUGGUGCUAAUACUGAGUGCAGAGAUUGCAGCAAAAGUUGAUCCACCCCCAUAUGUUAUGAAUUACUCUCAUUUUUGCCGAAUUUGUGCAAAUUGGUCAAAGACGGAACGUUGUGCUGAUUAUUCAAUUCCAUAUCCAGUAGUAACCUACACUGACUAUGCGGAUAAUGUUGAUAAGUUCAUUGAAAAAUACCCAACUGUUACCGUGGAAACAACUGGCAGAGCCAAAUCCGGUUCUACCUUCGGUGAACCAUGUAAAAAUAAUUUUGGUGCAGUAACAUUUGAAACAAUCAAUUUUAUUUACGGCAAUUUUACCAAUAAGUACAUAUGUCAGGUUCAUUAUUAUUAUGUUAUCUAUGAUGUGGGUGUUGAAAUUGGCCUUGGAUUCAAAAACGCAGGGAAUAAAUUAUUUUUAAGACCUUUUGUAAAUGGAUGGAUGUAUAGUGUUGGCUUAUAUUCAAGAUGUUUGGAUUUUGGUCUUGCAGUAACUCGCUUAACAUUUAAUCCAAAAUUUGAACCAAGUGUGGUAAUGGUGUAAACUUAAAAUGGAAUGAUCUACAUUCUGUUCACGCAAUUUACACAGUUUCGUCCCAAUCUCUUCUUUUAUUUCACAACAUAGAAUUUUUUGUUUUUUUUUCUUCAAAAUAUAAGUAAACUGAAAGUGCAAUGAAAAUUAAAUGUUCAACAAUUGUUUAGUAAUAACCAAUUCUUUAAUUUAAAUCGAGUUGUUUCUAUUCCAUUUUGAAGUUAGUGGGGAAUAGUUUUUGUAUCAACUUUCUGUUAGUUGAUUCUUACAUUUUUGACGACCUUUUAGGCCUAUAUUUUCCACAUUUUUCAAACGAUUUUGAUAAAAUUUAGUUUCUUUUAUACAGAGAUGACUUUAGCGCGCCCGAGUAUUUGUGUUGUUUUUUUUGUUUUUUUUUUCUUCGUUAUACUUUACCAUUUUGGUCAAAAAAAACUUUGUAUCAAUAUUCUGUGUAACAUAACAAAGAACAGAUUUUGAAAAACCACAUUUAUAUUAGUAAAAUAUGAAGAAAAAAUCUCCAAAAGUAGAAAUUGCGUAAUAUUGCGAAAUUGAGCCAAUGCGCGUAAUUACUAGCUGCAUAUGACUACACAAUGCGAAUGCCGGGGGCAGAAAAUAUAAGCUCUUCCUCGUCAUGUUACACAAAAUAUUAUUUUAAAAAAAUCCUGGCCAAAAAGCUAAAGUAGAACGAAAAAACAACAAAAAUACUCGGAGUGCGCUAAAGUCAUCUCUGCUUUUAUAUAAUAAUCUGAUAUAUUUUAAAAUACAGUAUAUUAAAUAUACAAUAUUCGCAAUUACCAAUCGAAAAAAAUAGACAGUUUUUGUGACGUACAAAAAGUUCUUUAAACCCUAACAAUAUAACAAUCUGUAUGCAUUUUAAUUAAACAGAUUUUUUAACCUAUAUUGUGUCGUGUUAUUUUAUUGGGAAGGAAUACGAAGCUUUUAAAUCGGAAUAAAAACGAUUAACGUUUGAUUUUUCAUUAUUAUUAUUGCAUCAAACAAAAUAUGUGUAAAAGAAUAAACAUUGAUAGAAGAAAAAGGACUGAUGGUGGGCGAAAUUUGUAUUAUUUCUGGGAAAUCGGAGGCAACGAAGUAAAUACUGAUAGAUGUGAUCGUCACAUCACCAAACGAUGGUUUUAAUUUGAUAAAUCAACUGACCGGAGUAGUAAAUAUUCUACACCAGUGUUGUGCAAAAGUUAGCCAUAUAUACUUGAUUGUACAUGAUGAUCUCACCCAGCAUAGGUGCAGAAUACUUCGUAUUGUUGUUGUAAUAAAAAUAUAAUCAAAAGACUAAUAUUUACUAACAACAGAAAGACGGACGAAUGAGUGUUCACGUGCACAUAUAUAUGCGUAUGAGGAUGUAAAUGUAUAAGAAUAAAAACGCAACAAUCAGCAGACGUAUUUGUUUAUGAUUAUAUUUAUAUAUGGAAGUGUGUUAUGAAGUACGCUGAAAAGACAUGAAGUUUGAAAUUAACUGCGUAUGUGCACGCCACUUGUGAAUUGUUCUUAUAUUGGUGUUAUUUGUCAAACUUUAGUCUACCAAAUGCAUUUUAGUGGAUAUUUUCUGAAUUUUAUGGUUUUGAAAUUGUGUUAUAAUUAAAAACGAAACUCAAAAUCCAUUAUAAGUUUGGUGAUUGUUUUAAAAUAUGGAUAAAACAGAAAUAAUAUCGACGGGCGAUCAGACGCCAAGAAAUAUUGCUAAAUAUUGCGAAAAUCAAACUACAGACCAUGAAGGUGAUAAGAAAAACAAUAAUCCUGAAAGUUGCACCACAAAUUUUGAUUCAGCAAAAGAGAAAUCUCUCAUUAACUGUAGCAACGUUUUGGAACGGAUAAAGGAAAUAACAGAUUUCUCGGCAAUGCUUACAUCUAUUAACCAACCACAUUUGAAUGAUACUGAUCCUAAAUACAUGCCCUUAUACUUGAGAGACGUGAGUGAUAUGAUGUUACAGUUCAAAUCAAUAAUGGAUCAAUUUGAUGCAACGCACGCUGAUGAAAAGGUGAUGCGAGACAAUGUUAUCAAUUUAGAAAAAACCAUGCAAAAAGGCAAGGAUUUAAUUGAUUGCGAAAAAUUUACUGAGGCGAUUGAAUUUUAUACAAAUGCUCUUGAAAUGUGUCCGCAUAAUGUGUUGUUAAAAGUCAAUUUGCUACAUGAUCGGGCCGUUGCAUAUUCAAAAAUGGAAAACCAUCAAAGUGCUAUCGAUGAUUGCAAUGAAGCGUUGGUGUUUUGUCAAACAAACGUUGAAAUUUUGCUACUUCGUGCCCAGUGCUACGAUUUUUUGGGAGAACUGGAAAUGUCGAUGCAGGACUAUGAAGUCAUAUGUCGAAAAAAAGAUGAAGGCAAUGAAUCAUUCGACGAUGUAUCUAAAAAGCUUGAAUACGUACAAACCAAACUGAAACAUAAACUGGCAGAAGAGAAAAAUGUCAAAGGAUGCGAACAUUUCAAUAAACGCGAAUAUGGAAUGGCGGUGACACAAUUCACUCAAGCUAUUGAUCUGUGGCCCGAUAACAUAGUAUUCUAUUACAACCGAUCCCAAUCUUUAUUCAAAUUGAAUGCCUUUAAACAUACCAUACAAGACUGUAUGCAGAUGGUCAGCGCCGUAGCCAGAAAAAAAAUUGGAGGGUGUGUUUCCACAAACGUUCUUCAAUUGCGGAAUUGCGAAAAACUUGCCCUUCAGAGCUAUGCAGAGAAGCAAUACCUAAGCACAAUUCUCCAUGCUAGCCGUGGCCUAGACAUCUUUCCCAAUAAUGCGAAUUUGAUACUUUUGAAAGCAGAAUGUUUCAUGCAUCAUGGCGAUAUUAAAGAAAUUCUGAAGCUUCAAAAACAAUCAAAUUUGUUUGGUGCAGAUAAACUUUAUCUCAACAGUCUAUGCCAUUACUGCAGAGGAAAUUUAGAUGAGUCAUUAUCAAGUUUAGAAGCAGCACUCGAAGAUGAUCCAAAUCAUGACAGAUCGAAAAUGUUACAAUCGAAACUAGAGUGUCUGAUUGCGAAAAAAAUCGACGGUAAUAAUUAUUUUAUACAGCGUCGCUAUCGUAAAGCUAUCGACGUGUACACAGAGACUUUGGAGAUUUCAUCAUCAAAUAAUAUGUUUGACUUCGAAUUACUGUACAGUCGGGCUACGGCACAGUCAAAAGUCGGAAAUUCGCAUAAAGCAAUCAUUGAUUGUGAUAGAGCGUUAAACAUUCGACCGGGUCAUAUCGAUGUUUUAUUACUUCGUGCAAAAUGCCACAAAUAUGUUGGUGACUUUAGAAAAUCUCUCGAGGACUUUAAAUCGGCGUUGAACAGUGAUGCAGUAAGAGAAAAUGGCUGACAAAAAGAAGAUAUCACUUCGAAUAUAAAUGGUUUGAAACCAUUGUUGAAAAGAGACGAUGCGAAAAAGAAGAAAAAAGAUGGGGACCAAUAUUUUGACGGUAAAAACUAUCGAGAUGCUUUGAA